GGUGGCAACACUGCGUCUCAGCUCACAGGUGUAAACAAACAUGAGUCAAACUAGCAGGUUUAGCGAGCUGGUGAGGUGGCAACACUGUGUCUCAGCUCACAGGUGUAAACAAACAUGAGUCGACCACAAGACGCUCCUCACAAUUGUCCCGGCACCAAUAGUGAAGAUGCGGGUAAAUCAUCAGCCUGUGCUGGCUGUCCCAACCAACAGUUGUGCUCCUCAGGGGCUGCUACUGCUCCUGAUCCAGAUGUAGAUGGUGUUAAGGAGCGUCUUGCUGCCAUCAAGUACAAGAUCUUGGUGCUGUCUGGCAAGGGUGGAGUGGGCAAGUCUACCCUCACCGCUAUGAUUGCUCGGGCGAUCGCUCUUCACGACUCCCACGAGGUUGGCAUCUUGGACAUUGAUAUAUGCGGCCCCUCUCAGCCACGAGUAAUGGGCGCUGAGGAGGAAAAGGUGCAUUCAUCUGGAACCGGCUGGUCACCUAUUUAUGUUGAAGGGAACCUGGCUGUGAUGUCAAUCGGCUUCCUGCUCAAUAAUGCUGAUGAUGCUGUUAUAUGGAGAGGCCCCAAGAAAAAUGGAAUGAUCAAACAGUUCCUACGGGACGUGGACUGGGGUGCUCUGGACUACCUGGUCGUGGACACACCGCCUGGGACAAGUGAUGAACACCUAAGCAUCGUACAGUACCUCUCUGCUGCACCGCCCGUUGCUGCGGUUAUCAUCACGACACCGCAGGAAGUGGCUCUGCUUGAUGUCCGCAAGGAAAUUACAUUCUGCAGGAAAGUGAACAUACCAGUUAUCGGCAUUGUGGAAAACAUGACCACCUUUGUGUGUCCCAAGUGCAAGACUGAAACGGCCAUCUUUCCAGCCACUACCGGAGGUGGUCAACAGUUGGCCGUUGAAACUGGGUUACCCCUGCUCGGCCGGUUACCUUUAGAUCCAAGAGUUGCUCGAGCUUGUGACAACGGACACAAUUUUCUGAGUGAAGAACCAGAUUCUCCAGCCACUUCAGCUUACAAAGAUAUUGCCAAAAAAAUAAUGGAGUAUUGUCAGACUCAGAUGCAGCAACAGUCGUGAUGGGGUAAAGAAAUACAUCAAAUUAUCCUUUGAAUGUAAAACUUGAGUUCAAAUGAAUACUGUUUAGAGAAGUUAAGUCAUUUUUUAGAGCAUUAAAUAAUGUACUUCAUUA